AUGUCAGAUCCUGAUUACCCUGACAUUUCCAAGGUCCCUCAGUGUUACCAUGACCUUAAGGAGGUUUUUAACAAGGCCAGAGCCACCUCGCUGCCCCCUCAUCGUGUGUACGAUUGUGCUAUAGACUUGUUACCAGGCUCUUCACCACCCAGGGGUCGUCUUUAUUCCCUAUCUGCUCCAGAGACACGGGCGAUGAAGGAAUAUGUGGAGUCUUCACUUUCCGCUGGAUUAAUUAGACCUUCUUCCUCUCCCGCUGGAGCCGGAUUUUUCUUUGUGGCAAAGAAGGACAAGUCACUUCGCCCCUGCAUUGACUAUCGAGGUUUGAACGACAUUACCAUCAAGAACAGGUUUCAGUGGACCUCUCAGUCGGACCAAGCCUUCCAGAGGCUCAAGAAGGCCUUCACAACGGCCCCUAUACUGACCCUCCCGGACCCACGUCUGCAGUUUGUGGUGGAGGUGGACGCUUCAGACGUGGGGGUUGGUGCUGUGCUCUCCCAGCGCUCCAGAGAGGACAACAAGGGCAUGGAGCAGGGAGGGUGGUAUUAUGGGAUGUCCUGCAACCUUUGCCCAGGAAGUCUCCUAUUCUUUUCUUUAGGAGCUGAAGAGGAAGACGAAAACAGCAGUUUAAAGUCAGGUCUAGGAGAAUUACUCUGUUGGUUAUCAUAUUUUCUACAGAAAGCAGAGAUGGGCUUGUGGAGCUGCAGCCUCUUUGUGCUGUUCUGUGUUAGUGGAGCUUUCAUCAGAGAGGUACAUCUGGCUACUAUAUCUGAUGUCGGGGGACACAAAGGCAGUCAGAGACAUCUUUUGAUGGAAGAAGAUGACCCUUUCAGUAAUGGUACUAAAAUACAAAGGACGGCUGAUCCAGACGAGGGCACAAAGCCAUUGGAUUGGUCCUAUAUGGCCGCGGGCCUCGGCACAGCCCUCACUAUCUCGCUCCUCAUCGUGAUGACCGUCAAGUUUCGUCUCUUCCAUCGCUUCUUGGCCAGCUACAGACACUCUCUGCUCCAAGAAGCCGACGGGGUUAGCCAGUACGGUCAGGACGAGCUGCCCUACCCUCACAGUGUGAUGGGUAGAAUAAGAGAGGGGUCUGGGGGGGAUCCGAGGGGUUUGGAUGACGAUGAUGAUGGCUUCAUCGAGGAUAACUAUAUCCAGGCCAGUGAGAAACACAGGGCAGAGAGGGAGAGAAAGGAGGAGGAGGAGGAGGAAGGGAUAGAAGACAGCGACGAUGAUCUUCAGUUCACUAUAGCAUGAUCGGAUAGAGGGAGACUUCAUCAGAAAAGCGGCUUUACUUCUCUGAUAAAGGACUCUAUAGAGAAGAUUUUUGAUUGAAAGUCAGAAGAAUAGCUCUGAUUCAGAACCUUCCUAGCUCUUGACCUUUUAAAUUAAUCUAGGGAAGCACUAUGGCACAAGGAAAGUCAUUUUGGGCCCUUAUAUUAUCUUCUGACCUUCGAGGAGUACUGAGCCGAAAACUAAUCAAUGUCAAAACUGAAUGAGCCCCAGUUGCCUCAAAACUUCCAAAGCGGCAAUAACAAUUGGACUUGUGUACAAAAUCAGCACAUUUUAAUAGUAUGAUAUGAUGAUAGUUAUAACAAGAAUGAACUAAAUUGAUGUUUUUGAAGGAUGUUACUGCCUUUCUUUGAGUUAAUUUGAGUAGUUGUAUCCAAAGGCUGGGUGCAGGAUUCAGUGAAGCAAAAAAGAAGAGAUGAUAUGCACAGUGUAAUAUAUAACAUAAACCUUUAUUGUACUGGGACAGGCAUUGUUUUGACUGCACUGGGUCUACCUUGUUCAUCUUUUCAUAUACUAUAUACGUUGCCCUUUGUUGUGCAAGCUAUUCCUAAAACGAUCUGGUAAAUCAAAAUGUUACCUUUAAAUUAAUCUCCAUUUAUUUUCCUUGUAUGCAGAGAUAAAGUCCCAAUUCAAGCUGAAAAUUGUAAUUCUUUGAAAAUAAAUGUAUUGUUUGUAUAUCCUUUUCCAAACAGUUGGAAGCUGCUGUUUGUACUCUGCUUAUUAGUAAUUGUAAUACCACCUGCGAAUCACUUGUAGUGUUGUUAGUCAUCUUUUAUUCAUAUUGAAAUUAGGUGGGUGGUUGAUUAUAUGUUGGCAACGAAUUAACAAAAAAGAGGUAAAACAACUUGACACUUUUUCAUUAGAUGUAUGUGCAGAAAGUUACAGAUUUAAUUUGAUUAGUAUCCAAUCUGUGUGGUAGGCAGGAACCUGCAUUCAUGUAAAAUAGCAACAAAUAUUUCAACGAAUUUCUAUGUACAGUGUUCAUCAAUGAUUACAAAUCAUUUACUGUAUGAAUAUAUUAUUUACAAUUCCAAUGCGUAUUCAUUCAUUGACUCAUGAACCGUGAAUUGUAAUAUGUCUGUUGUCAAAUUAAGUAGGCUAUUAGUAUUCACUAAAUGAUUGAUCCAGUUACUGUAUUUCAAACUAAGAACAUCAGUUUUCAGUAUACUUUUAGUUUGUGCCAUAUGAAACACAAUAUUGUACCAUUGUAGAAUCGAUCAUCACUGCACAAAAAGAACAUGCAUUGUGCAAUUUUGAACAAUAAAUCAAAAUGAGUUUAAAAUAACAAA